AUGGCGGUGCCUCAGCCGCAACCGCCAAAGCUUUUUGCUACCGAUAUCGCGCAGUACAGCGACCUCGAGCUUGACCAGUAUCUAGAAACCAAUGGAAGAUGUAUUCAAGUCGAAGACCCUGAGAAUCUACCGGACCACUUCAUUCAGCGAUUGAGUACACGAAUUGAUGGGAGCGCUACGAUUGAUCUAAAUCAUGUCUCUGCACGCCUGGAGGAACUUGCUACCGGCAGGGAAUCAUCGCCUCGAGCACCCUCUGCUGAGUCGACUGCAGAUCUAGAUGACGAGGAAUACGAGCGUGUGAUCCAAGCAAGGGAGACUGAGUACUACGAAGAAUUGUUAAGCCUCGGCGGCCGGCCCUCACACCCGAUCGGGCUGGAGUACGAUGUUGCGAAGAGUCUGCCAGAAUACCACGAGAUCUUGUCGUUCUGGCAGAGGAAUCCAGAUGGUCCUGAUGCAUGGAAGGGGGUGUUUUCAUGUCAGUUGGGGUCCUGGAAAUCCUUUCGCGAGUAUCAACGACUGCACAGAGAGCAAGGUCGCUUUCCUGCACAUUGUGCACGACUACGCGACCGCCUCAAAUCCCAUGGGUUUGAUCGCUCAAUUCAGCUGAUUGAGGACCUGGAUCAGCAAAAUAAUCUCGCGACCUGGUUCGAAUACUUAAACUUCGAAUACACGAAGUACGAUCACUCGACGAGUCUCAUCCGUCGUCGGCAGUCGCGGUAUGAUAAAGCCUGGAAGAAUGUUGUUGAUUUGAAGGUCCUGAGGCCUAUGGAGACAGAGGAGUCAAUAUGGAUUUUCGGAAUGGGGGCGCAGAUGAAGGGCGAAGAAGUCGAGGCUGAAGAGACUGUGGAAUUGGCGAAAUUGACUGUGCGGGCAGCAGAAAAGCAACUGCACAAUGCGGAAUCCGGUCGUCUACCCAAACAAAACCUUUCCCAGCGAAAAAAAAAGCUGUCGGCCGCCAAAACCAAAUUGAACGCCGCAACAGACUCCCUCGAACAUAUUACUAAACGACGUAAUAUCAUAGUUGAUUUCCAUCGUCAGACGAAGACGUUCGUAAUUGCGAAGGAAGAGGUAGCUCGACAAAGUUUGCUCCUGCGGUGGAUGCUGCAGCAGGUCCCCUUGAUUGAACGCGAGUCGAACCUAACUGAGGUGGCCAGCACAGACUCGGCUGUAGAUAAUCCUGGAAACCAGCGAAAGCUUAAACGAGAUCGUGCUGACGAUGACAACGAAAAACCUUCUUCAAAACGGACGAGACGAGACAGUGAGACUAACACGCCUCCAGAUGGAAAAACAAUGGCGUCCCCUAUCCAAGAGACAAACAUAUUCCCACAGUCAAGGCAAACAAGGCAAACUCGUAAGACGAGAUCCAAACCUAGCAACACAAGUCUGGAGCUUUCUUAUGUGCGAGGCUCGCGUGCCCCAAGACCGUCCAAGCCGUCAAACAAAAUCAUGGACUCUGUGAAACCUAGAGCGGUCCUGGAUAAUGGUGCUCGAGUGAAGAAGGGGAAACGGACUAGCAAACCCAGUUUGGGCCCCACUCCUGAUUCUCGGGGCCUCCGUCGAAGCUCUCGGCUGAGACGCCCUCCUGAGCGGUUCCAAUAA